AAAACAAAAGAUGUAACAACUUUUAGAGUGACAAUCGUAUUUCUUAUCUCACCUUACGAGCAUAAUAAUAUGCUUUAGCACCUCGAGCGCAAAGUCUAGAUCGGUAAAGGUCUCUUUUAAGAAGCCAAACGAAUGUUACGGGUGAUAUUUCAACAUUUGGGGAUAAAGAUGAUCACUAAUCAUCCGCAAGAAACUUCGCAAGCUUCGAAACUUGCAGUGUACCGAGAGCAGAAGAAGCUAUCACAUAGACUAGAUAAAAUAUCAAUAUGUGAGGAAAGAGCACGGAAACACAGCAACGCCUAUCAGAGACGCGUAGAGUAUGAACUAUUUGGCCACCCUGUACGUAAAUCCACAGGGCGGUACAAUAAAAGCUACAAAGAAAAACGAAAUCGUGUGUUAGAUACCAAAAACGGGACGGAGACCCAUUCUAUGGUAAAAUUACCAACUAUAAAGCAGGAUGCGGUACGGUCUCGAAGAUCUAAGAAGCGCAGGGUCCAGUCCCCAGAUAUCGCUGUAUUUCCGAACAUUUCGGCUGCCCAAAGCGUGGAUAACAUCCUCGAUGAAAGGCAAGUGAAGUACAUGCCAAGAAAUGUUGAUAUUAAAAAGGAACGAAGACCAAAUGAUUCGUUUCAGAGGUUUAUAACUGAAAAACAAUCCAACUCUGAAAAUGAUGGUAAUCAGAAGCCCCUAUUACAAAGUACAGAAGUAUCUGGUGGAAAGGACAGCAUGAAAAAUACAUCCAAUGCUAGGAAAAGACGUUUGCUGAAGAAAUAUGGGAGAAGAUGGUUGCGAAAAACAAUAAGGAAACCAAAAGGGUCGGGCCAAAACAAUCCCAAAAUACCUAGACAUCACUCAGAUCCCGAAGAAGAACCUCCAGAUCUCACUAAUUUCAUUUCAAAAAUGCUCGAACAAUACAGAACCCAAAAAGACGACAACAACCGCGAUACCGAUUUCCUGGAGUCAAAAACCAGAAAAAGCAAAAACAUCGGCGGUAAAUACUACGCCUCUACUGCCAAGCUAUUUGCUACAGUGAACAAUACUAAAGGAAUCGGCGAUAGGAAGAAGGCAACAUCAGAAAACGUGGAUAUGAUUCAGCGGCGGAGUCGGGGAAGGCGGGAUGAUAAACAUUUCCGAAGGAUGAGUGUUGUAAUGCAAAACAGCGCAAUGUUUGUACAAGGAUUAGAAUGGGAGAACACGGACGAACAAACGACACUUUGACACCUAGUGUGUGUACAAGUUAUACUAUAGAAACAAUAUUGACACAUUUUGUAGACACAAGCCUGUAAGGUCAAUCAAAUGUUACACAUGAUUUCUAAGUUGUUGAAUCUCCCAGCAUUUCGUUCGGAGCAACCCUAGUCCUCUCCUGUGC